UAUUAAAUCUACUUAUAUUCGAUAAAUGUUCCGUACGUUAAAACAUCCUGAUAUCACUUAUUCUUAAAUAUCCUCGUUGUUAUCAUAAUUUAUAUUAUUAACGCGAUAUUAAUAUUUAUAAAUAAUAUAAGAAAUAAUUAGUAUUGAAUUUAAUUAAGAUGCCUGUACUAAGUGGUAACUUGAAGCAUUCAAUAAAUUUAUCAUUGACCGACCUACACAUGAAGUUGAAUAAUAAACAAGACAAAUUAGAUAGUAUACCUCCAACGAGUAAAGCAAAGUAUGAUUCAAAAGUUUUAAUUGGAAAUUGGCUGGAGCAUCGUGCACCUUGCAUACCUUUCUCUAAUAAUUGGAUAACAAUAUACAAGCAACAUUAUAAACCUUACGAUACCAACAUAUACAAAAAUGAUCAAGUAGAAUUUUGGGAUAAUAAAAUAGAAAAUGAGGGUUUGUCGAGUACAUUAACGGAUUGCCAUGGAAAAUCAUAUUGUAACAAUAUGACUACAACAUAUGAUUUAAGCUACAGAAUUCUACCUAAGCAAUUACAAAAAUCUUAUAGAAUCUAUAAUCUAAGGAAAAAUAAAUGGUUACCAGAGCAAGAUUUAACUAAAGAUUUUGGGAAUUUAACAAAAACUGGUAUUAAAAAUGUAUUACAAGUUUGGUGGGAUAGUACUUCAAACGAUGCAAUACAGUAUUGCAGAUGGAGAACUACGUAUCAAGAUGAGUACAAAAUUCAGGAUGUUUCUCUUAUAAAUAAGAAGUUUCAUAGAAAACGAUUGAACACAAACAUAUCAUAUUUAAGCAGCUUAAACCAUAUCAAUGAAUAUUCGAACAGUUGUCCGGUUGCUUUUUCUAACUAAAAUAGCAAAAUUGUAAAUUGAAAGCAACCUACCUUCCAAAAUAUUUUCCUUCUUCCAUGUUUCUUAAAGAUAAUAAUUUUAGAUUAUAAAACGUAUUUAUUAUU